AUGGUGGCCUCCUGCGACCUUGAGGAGCCUGGAUGCCAAAUCCAGGCCUCAAGAAGCUGCAGGACGGCUACGUGUAUUUAUACAACCACCUACAGUCUCACAGCCUACAGCAUGAUGUUUCUCUUUUGUAACCUCCAAGAGCCGGAGUGCCAGAUUGAGGCCCUCAAGAAGCUGCAGGACGGCUACGUGUAUUUGUACAAUCAUCUACACUCUCACAGCCUAGAGCGUGAGAGAGAGUACUUGAAACGAGAUUUCGAGUGCUCGUGUAAGAGUAAAGGUUAUUUUAACCUUACAUCCCAACAGUACAUUAUAAUGUACUUUAUUAUAUUUUUAUCUAUUUUGUUUUACGAGUAUAAGCCAUGUCCCAGGGUAUUUAACCUGUGGACUAGGGGAGCUUCCCCGGAGCCGGAGGUGGCCGCUGAGGCGGUCAUAGGCAUUGUUUGA